AACCAUUUCAUUAAUCAGAACCAUUUCAUUAAUCAGAACCAUUUCAUUAAUCAGAACCAUUUCAUUAAUCAGAACCAUUUCAUUAAUCAGAACCAUUUCAUUAAUCAGAACCAUUUCAUUAAUCAGAACCAUUUCAUUAAUCAGAACCAUUUCAUUAAUCAGAACCAUUUCAUUAAUCAGAACCAUUUCAUUAAUCAGAACCAUUUCAUUAAUCAGAACUAUUUCAUUAAUCAGAACCAUUUCAUUAAUCAGAACUAUUUCAUUAAUCAGAACCAUUUCAUUAAUCAGAACUAUUUCAUUAAUCAGAACUAUUUCAUUAAUCAGAACCAUUUCAUUAAUCAGAACUAUUUCAUUAAUCAGAACCAUUUCAUUAAUCAGAACCAUUUCAUUAAUCAGAACCAUUUCAUUAAUCAGAACCAUUUCAUUAAUCAGAACCAUUUCAUUAAUCAGAACCAUUUCAUUAAUCAGAACCAUUUCAUUAAUCAGAACCAUUUCAUUAAUCAGAACCAUUUCAUUAAUCAGAACCAUUUCAUUAAUCAGAACCAUUUCAUUAAUCAGAACCAUUUCACACAAUGCAACAUUAGUGUGA